UUGUCAAACAAUGAUUAUCUUCUUCAUCCUCUUCUUUCCUAAUCUUCUCUGAUUCUUCAUCCAAAUCCCUAUUUCUUCUGUUCCUACCUCUAAUUCUAUGAUUAUCCUUGAUAAGGUGAUUUUCAUCUUAUCAAAUUGGUGCUCUCGUUGAGAGGAUUUAUCAAAAAAAAAUAAAAUAAAUAAAAAACAAAAAAACAAAAAAAAACUGAAAAUGAAUGUCGGUGAUGAAGCUUGCGAUCGUAUCCUACGAUCUUGUGAUAAAAUUAAGUUUUACCUGGAAGAGAUGAGGCGAUCCAAUCGUGAGAGGCAACAACUCAUCUUCGACCUUCAAACCGGUUUACACACCAACAAGUCAGCCACGGUGGACUCAGAUCUUUCGUCAGCUACUCAUCAAACCACCAAGGUGAGUCCAGUUCCUCCUCCAUCCGUCCAUCAAACCAUCAUGGAGAGCUUAGGUCGUCCACCAACAGAUCUUACACCGAGAAGAAACCUAGAAAUUUCUCUUGGGACCUCUGUCGAACACUUGGUGAGCACUGCGUUACCAGAGGCUUCUUUCAGUCCGUGGAUCUCUGAGCUUCCACACACAGUCCAAUCUCUUGGUGAAGAGAGGAUUCCUGUUCCACGAAACUACCAUAAAGCCAGGAAGAAAUCGACACGAAGGAGACAUCACAAGUUUGUUUCGGCGAUAAAAAUCAGAAAACAUCCCACGAAGAAACAUGGUAAGCGAUGUCGUUAUCCCUUGAUUGACUCUAGGUUUCAGGCUGAUGCUAGUGCUGUUAGACAAAUGGCCACUUCCUCUGAUUAUGAUGCGUCACAAGAGUUUGAUGAUAGAGUUAAUGUUAGAAGUAGAUCAUGGAAACGUCUCAGUGACGAGAACAAAGCUGAACCAACUGAGGAACUAUCAAGAAUCCUGAAUAUUCAGGAAAAUUUUGGAGCUGUUUCUCGAGCUAAUCCAGUCCAUCUUCGAGUUGGUAAUAUAAGGCUCCAGGGUUCAGGGGCUGCGAACAGAAAUGCUAGAGCAUGGAAUAGUUCAGUGCUAUGGACAACAUCCGCAGAGGCUUGGGAACACAUGGGGUUGAAACCUUUUGGAUUGAGUGUUGAUGUUGAUGCUACAAGAACUAUUUAUAUUGGGUUUCAGGAAUCUGUUCUACAACCGCAUCAUGAUGGCACGCCCUCGUCAGAUCAAGAAGAGAGGACAAGACAGCUCGGGAUAGAGAAAAGUGAAGCAAAUACCUCUGGGGAAAAUAAGAUUUAUCAGGAACCUGGGUUGUCCGAGAGCUAUAAGGAAGACUUACUCAAGUGGAUCAACAGCUUGGAAACUCAUUUUGCUGCAAGUCAGACUCCACACAAUGAGUGGAUGAGGAUUGUGUAUUCACUCUAAGAAGGAGAAACUGUUCAUUGGGUAAGGAGAUUAUGGGAAAAGAAUUCUCCGAC